GCAGAGAGAAAGCAUCAUUGUCUCCAGGUGACCAUCGGCCUGAAGUAUUGGACAGUCCUUUCCUUAACUUCACCCAAGGCCUGGUUCCCAGGGAUUCCCAUGAGAGCAUGGAUGGCCCAGUGGUAGAGUCCUAGCUUACGGAGCCAGGCCGGACCGCAUCGGAGCAAUGAGCCAAGUGGAGCUGUUCUGGGCUGCGGCCUCACUGAUGCUGCUGGGGGCUCUUGUGAGCAUGUGCAUGAAGUGUCAGCGUUCUGCUACUAAACAGGAAAAGAAGCUGUGCAAGCAGAGGACACUGCAUGAAAACCAGCCGGGGUUUCAGGUGAUACGAUCCUAUUCAAUUGCCGUGACAAGGCAAGAUGAAAUUAAAUUGCCAGACAACAUCCCAGUAACAAGGAAAACCAAUAAGCGACUGCAGGCCACAGAUAUUGAUGGUGACAAUGCUGAGCCCAGAUAUCAAAAUUUCAUGAGAGAAGACAACCAGGAAUUGGAUGCUGCCUAUGUCAACCCUAUUGCUUCAGAUUACUUCAACUGUAGGACAUUCUUGAGACCAGCAAAUGAAAAGGAAGAGGAUUCCUGUUCCUAUCAAAAUGUUGUGAUUGGGACAUCCAAUAGUGCUGAGUCUGAUGAUGUGGACGACUAUGAGAACAGCGCCUCUAUAAAGAUAUGGAAACAAUCAAAUAUAUCAGAAAGCCCAGAUGAUUAUCCAGAUUACGUUAACUCAGACGUUGCAGCUGUGCCAAACUAAAGGUAUCUUCCCUACAACUGAAAAAAAAGCUGUUGCAAAGCUGCAGAAGCUUAUGUUUCAUUUUGAAGACUGCUACACACACACACACACACACACACAGUGGAAAGGGGUCCUUUGAGUCACAAGUGUAAUGGAAUAACCUGUUCUCCAAACCCUGCCAGUAGCUAACUUAAAGGACAUGGAUGCACACUGCUGAAAGUAAAUGCACUGGAUCCAGAAGUCCCACAAAAAUACAACUGGAAAAAGUAUAUGGAGAAAGUCCACCCCACUGCCCCACAACAAGUGAAUUUCAGCUGCUCGGUGCAGCAGUUACCAAGAGAAAUGCCAAGGUUUUGUUAUUCUAUCAUAUUUUCCUCCACAUCCAUUCAAGGGCGUGAUGGCUUGUCUGCUCAACAAUGUUUUCUGUUGUCAAGUGUGAAAUGAAUCUUUAAACUACUGAGCGGCAACGCAGUUGACAGUUUAACUUGCCAAGCUGACUCCUGUAAGGAGGUAUUAAAGCUGAUGAAUUAUAUUUCUUGUUUCGUUCCCAAUGCAGCAAAGCUCUUGGACAGACACUGCUUUCAACAGCGGGAUCCAACCUUCCAGCCAGACAGCAAGUUUUUAGAAUAGGAGUAGUUCUGUAUAGCUAAGUAAUACACUGAAGGGCUCACAAAUGAUGAAGGACCAAAGGCUACUACAAACAAGAGCACUGCAGCUACAGAUAAUAUUCAGAGUGCUGACAGUUAGUAUCUUUCCUUGUGCUUUUGGGAUUUAUUUUACAGCAAUCCAUAGGAGUUGAGACAGAUAGCGGGGCACUGAGCUCAUCUUUACCACAUUGCCAGCCUCAGGAAUUGCACCUGCUUUUCAGAAUUGCUGACAUCAGUUUUAGAACUCAAACCUUGCAUUUGAACAUGCUUCAGUUCUGACAACUAAAAUGUUCAUGAGCAUAGCGUUUUACCUGGCAGCAUUAGAGCAUGUGCUCGUUAAGGGUGAAAUGCAGCUCUGUGCAGGAAAUCAAGGAAAAGCUCACGCAGUACUUCAGUCUUAAGGGGUGUGUGCCUGCUCCAUAGGGGUAAACUUCACCCAUGGUAGAGUGAGAACAUUUAGGUAAAUGCCUAGUAAGGGAGUUCUUUUAGAACAGCAAGUUAUGUGUUGGAGCAACUGUCUCCUGCCAGUCCUACUUACUGCUGGCAACUGGUUCACCAAGCUCUUAUGCUCUAGCAUGAACAGGUACUCUUUAACUAGCAGGGAAAAGGGUUACCGAAGCAAUUUCCUCCCUUUUGGUACCAGUGACUAGAGAGAACCUUGGAGAAGGGUAAUAAGAGUCAGCUAUGAAGUGGAAGGUAUGAAUAUGAAACGUUUCUUACUAUAAAUUACUUCACUCAUGAAAUUUUGCUCUAUUUGAUCUAAUCAGUCUAUGCACAGUGAGAGUUAAGGUAGAAUUUAAGCCUCUUUACAGAUGCGGAUUUAACAUUUCAUUUGUAUUUGAGACACCUUAAUCAAAGCAACAAGGUGCCUGUUACUCGUGUGUAUGAAACUAGAAGGCCAAUCAAGCAUUUUGUAAUUAGUGAUUGGGGGAAAACUUAAUCACAGCUCCCACUAAGGGGUGUAUUCCUGAAGUCUGCAUAAAGGCCGCAAGACAGGGCCUUUAAUGUAGCCCAUGUAGGAAAGAAAACGAUCUAGAACGUCCUUAACCUCUUGAAAGGGAUAUGUGUAGUCAGUUUCAGAACAGGAGUUAAACAGGGUUGGUUUUACAUCGACAUAAGUUUCCUAUCAGUUUGUAGCUAGAAUCACAUUUCCUUUUUUCCAAAAUAUUCUUCUCUGCUGUGCAAAGGGCCCACAGAAAUAAGGGACACCAACAAUAGAGUGAGACAAUAGACUUGGGUCCAACCCAAGGCCUAGUAAAUCAUUAAAGCUAGAGUGACCAGAUGCAGGGCCGGCGCAACCCAUUAGGCGACUUAGGCGGUCGGCGAGGGCGCUGCAAUUUGGGGGGGCGGCGACCGCGGCGGUAUUUCGGCGGUGGGACCUUCCGCCGGUGGCGCUCCUGACCAGAUGUCCCAUUUUUAAAGGGACAGUCCUAUUUUUUGGGACUACUUCUUAUAUAGGUGCCUAUUACCACCCCCCCGUCCCAUUUUUUUCACAGUUGCUAUCUGGUCACCCUAAUUAAAACCUAAUCUGAAGACUUAUGCACUGUAUAGACCUUGUCCUGGCUCUUUUGUUGAAAGGUGAAUUUAAUCCAAAAUUACUAAAUAGAAAAGUUCUAACCUUUGUUAUAGAAAUAUGAUUACUUGACAGACCAUGCAAAAUGUUAUGUGACCGGUGAUGAUGGAUGUCCAACAUGAUACCUCUCAAAACUGCCUCAUUUUCAGAAGUAUUGUGACUCUAUAACGUGUCUCAACAUUUCAAUUCAAUUUUGAAAAUAUUGGUCUCAGUUGUCAGAGAAGUGCAAUUGUGUUGAUGUGUCAGUUUAAGAUUCUGAUCUAAUACUUGGAGGGAGACAUUCAAAUACUUAAAGGUUAGCAAUAGUACAAGUUCCCUGGGAUACAGUUAAUCAAGUAACAGAACGCUGACUAAGUUCCAGGAUUUAAACAGAUGUUAGGCCAGGGCAAUACAGGAUUUAUUGUACUCUGUGCUCAGCAGGGAGAGGUGAAUAAACCAAGUAAUAUUUCCUGGAGCAUUUAUGGAAAAUAUUUGUUGCCCAAACAGGAGUUCAAAGUUGUAUAAGAUAAAUGGGGUAGGAAAGUGAUUAAAGGAGAAGAUACAGAUUCUAUUCCCCAAUCUGCCAGUGUGAGAAUGCAGGCAAAUCCUCACCUUCUGGGGGUCCUCUGUAAAGCAAGGUAAACCCUUUCUUAGUUUUGUGAAGCACUUGACAAUAACAAGGGUACCUUUCAUUCAAGGAUCAGUGUGCUGGAACAUAUCCAGUAAAUUUUACAAACAAAUUAUACUGAAGUGAUUGGAAUUCUACAGUGUAGCUUUUAAAACACCCCUUUGUCACCUAUGUCCACAAAGAAAAGUAUCUACGACAGAUUGGUUGCCUUUUCAGAAAUCUUUAAUUUGUAGGUGUACAGGGACUUCAGGGUACGUACAACAUUAGCUACCCGUGAAUGGGAGUAGCAUCCAGUCUACGUGUUCCAGCAACAAACCAGGGAGACAUGAACUAGCUCAAAGCUGAGUACAUCUACAACCACAUCUUCAUCCAAUCCUGGGAGGUCCUGCUGGAAGCUGCCGAUGGUAGAAGGAGGAGAACAGGCAUUAGCUGCUACAGAAGAGGGAGUCACCCUAGAUGUCACCAAAAGCUGCUCUUCUCUCCUCUAUGGGAAUAGGGAAAAUGUACAGCUAGGAGAGCCCAGUGGAGGACACAAUGGGGGCAAAGACCAACCCUAUAGGGCCCUGGACACUGUGCCAGUGGAAGCCCUUGAACAACUGACUAGUCUGCAAUUGUAGUUCGUUCCCCUUGCUUCUGACUGGGCCUGUAGUAAGUGCUAUGAAAGUGAGGGCACAUUGGGCCACUAAGGGCAGAGCAGGUUGUCUGGAAUACAUGGAAAGAGGGGAAGGAUUUGGGAAGUAGUUCAGUGCCUUUCAUAUCUUGCUUGUCUGCCUACUCUAUUCAGAUUGGUAAGCUCUUUGGGGCCAAGACUCUGUGUGUGUACAGCAUGCAGCAGAUUAGGGUCCCAACCCGGAUUUAAUAAAUGCAUAGUUUAUAAUUGUACUUGUACUAAGGAGUUGCUCUAUACAUUGAGAAUCAGACGUGCCAGUGAUGAUGUACAGUUUGAUAACGACUUAGUGAAAUACUGGGUUAACUAAUUAAAUAAAAUACU